AUGUCGACAUCCCCGACUAGACCAGAUAAAGGCAAGCGCCUUAUGCGAUACUCGGGUGACCUUGAACUCCCACUUCCGUUUGAUCGAGACCCAGCACAGAGACCGUCACAGGACUUGAGAACACUUGCAGACUCUACCUACGAAAUUGCUCGAUCGAAUGCUGGCGAUUCAUCACCCGGUACAGUUAAUGAGUACGCACAUUACAAAAACUCUAACGGUCGCACCUACAGUAACCGAAAAACCAAAGUACCUACCCAGCCAAGCCCAUUGCGCUCGUCGUUUUUUGGAGGAUUGAGGAACUCGUUUUUGGGAAAUAAACCGCAACAACCACAGAACGAGCAUCAAGACUAUUCUAUGCAUGAUGGUGGCAUGGAGCAACGACCAUACAAUAGCGACGAUCCUUCAAAGCAGACUCACCUGCAGUAUGACGGGAACGAUACUUCCAACGUCCCACCUGUACCUCCUUCCAAAAUAGGUACAAGCGGGUCGUAUCUUGAUUACUAUACUGGGGAUUUGGCAAGCACUCAUAUAGACGCAACCAGCAAAGAUCCACAACAUCCAACUUUUACUACAUUUGAAACUAGCAACAACAAAGAUCCAACAAUGCAGGUACUUGAAACGAUGCCUGGAUAUCACCCAGCAAAUUUGGAAGGCAGCAACACUAUGUACACCUUCAACACCACGCAUCAACGAGACCAGCAGAUGCAUGCCCAUCAGUCCCCCAUAUACACGCAGUAUCGUAUUAUUCUCCAUUCGAUAGCUAUUGUCGCUUCGGUGAUAGCAUUCGGUAUUAUGCUUGGUAUUUUUGAAAACAAUUACCAGAUUCUUCCAAAGGAUGUUUUUGCCUCGGUGCAGUUUUUUAUUGUGGCUGCAGCCACCACCUGGAUUGCAUCUAUCCUCUACAGUAUUUGGUUUUUUAUUGGCGAUGUUUCUCUUCCCAACCAUCCAUUACCACUUUUAGCAACUGACAAACCAUUUGGGGCCUCUGUCGAUAUUCUUGCAACAUUUAUAGUGGUCAUCUUUUGGUUGUCUACUACUGCAGAUACGACAUUGCGCACAUACAAACAAUGCUACAGCAAUGCUGUUAUAGAAGUCGGUACACCCAACUUGUGUCUAUCUGCUCAAGUUGCCGAUGGGUUUGGAAUUGCUGCUGGAUUGGUGUACCUCGUCAUUUUCGGAAUCAAAAUAUACGAGUUUACUUCAAAUAGCAUGUGGAGUGAGCUGAUGAAAGUUGUUGGUGGAAUCUCUGGUUCGUCUAGUCCCACUCCUAUGGUGCACCACACAGAGGUUUAAUUUUUGCUGUAAUAGAUGCUUCCAAUAUUUACAUUGUUCUCACGGCAGAUAAAUGAUUGAUCUUGAUCAUUCUAUAAAUGUAUUUUAUUACGUAGAUUCCAUUGGCUAUUAGCUGAUGUAUUGUUUUUAUUUACCCAAUAAAACCAAC